UUUCUAACCUUUGGAUAAAAGGAAGACUCAUGCAAUUGAACAUCAGACAAAUUUUCUGAGUUCUUACAAGAGUAUGACCUAUGGAAGAAGUUUGUAGGCCUCGUUCUAUUGAAAGAUCAAAAUCUUCAUGUGAAAUGAGUUCAGACUUCUGGAAACUCCUUUUUGACAUUUCUGAGGCUUUGGUCACAGAAGAACUGGCAGCUCUAAAGUUUCUCAGCUUGGAGCAUGUCCCUGUGAGGAAACAGGAAGAUACUAAGGAGCCCAAAGCUUUCUUUGAAGUGCUGAAGGAGAAAGGGAUGAUUGAGGUGGGGGACCUGUUCUUCUUGAAGGAGCUGCUCUACCGCAUCAAUCGGAUGGACCUUCUGGCUUCCCACCUGGGCUCCAGCCGAGAGGAGAUGGAGAGGGAGCUCCAGGUCCCAGGGAUGGCAAAGGUGUCAGCCUAUAGACAACUGCUAUAUGGAAUUGCUGAGAACUUAACUGCAGAAGAUGUCAAGAGUGUGAAAUUCCUGCUGCAAGAAAAAUUACCGAAGAACAAGCUCCGGGAUAAUGUUUCAAUGUUGAAGGUGUUAGUGGAAAUGGAAAGAAAUGGGAUAAUUAAGGAAGAUGACCUAACAAUGUUGAAGAGUAUAUUAAAGGCAUUUAGACCUGACCUAAAGAACAAAAUUGAUAACUAUGAAGAAAAAACAAAAGAAAAUGAUUCUAACGAAAGUCUGAGCUUUCCAGUCUGUGUGUCUACGUGUCCACCAGGACAAGGAGCGGAGGGUGGGCAUGUGGAAUCAUAUAAGAUGGAAAAUAACCCCCAUGGUUACUGCGUGAUUCUGAAUAACUAUCGUUUCAAAAAUCCAGAUGAAACCAGAGAAGGAACAGUGGAAGAUGGAAAAGCUCUGAAGAGAGUAUUUAAAUGGCUUCAGUUUGACACAGUUGAGUAUAUGGAUCUAGAAGCAAACCAAAUCUUUGCAAAAAUUAAAGAAUACAGCAAGAAAGAUCACAGCAACAUGGACUGUUUUGUUUGCUUCAUUCUUUCACAUGGUGAGAAGAACAAAAUAAAAGGCGUUGAUAAUGAACUUGUAAAUAUUAAAGAUUUACUCUCCUGCUUCAGUGGAUCUAAUUGUCCUUCUCUUGCUGGCAAGCCCAAGCUAUUUUUCAUACAGGCCUGCCAGGGCUACGUAGGUCAUCCAGCUGUUGCAGUAAAGGAAGACUGUUCUGGUCAUCUUGAGACGGAUGCUAUCCCCCUGCUUUCUAUUCCUGACCAGGCUGAUGUUCUGGUUGGCAUGGCUACUGUGGAAGAUUUUGAGUGCUACCGUUGUAUAGAGACGGGCAGUGUUUACAUUCAGUGCCUCUGUGACAAGAUGGAGUUACUUUGCCCACUUCGCAAGGAUCUCAUAACCAUCCUGACAGAAGUGAACAAGGAAGUGGGAAGACUAAUAUUAAAUGGGUGGAAACAGAUGCCAAAGAUAACAUCAACCCUACGGAAACAAUUUAUCUUCCAAAUUCCACAAUGCCAGUCAAUUGAAAAGCAGGAAAACUAGGAACGUCCUCGAUUAGGAAUUGCUUCUGGAAUGGACUUUCACAGGGAAUUUAAGAGAACUUGCAAGAGAAAUGGUCUGGGUCUGUGUAGUUCAUUGCUGUCCUGCAAGGAGCCGUCUGACCUAAAUUUUUCAAAUGCCAUGUGUGAUGAGUCUGCCCAAACUUAAAUCAGUAGGCAAUGGAGGAGUAAAGAGUUGCUUUCCUGUCGUGCAGAAGCAAUGAAAUCUGUUCAGUCCUGGUCUUAAGUGAGGAAGCACCUCCAAGCAGUAUGAUUUUUAAGUAUUUUAUGUUAAUGGAAUUAUAAUUUCUGUCUGUUAGGAGAGUAAGUCCUUGAAAUCUGAAGGAAAGAACAGGAAGAUUCAGAGCACCAGAUCCCUUCCCAGAGAGCCUGUGUAAGGCUGUAACUGAUUUACACUGAAGUGAGUGACUGGGUAUCUCUGGAAGCUGUGUAGUUUUUCACAGAAAAUAAUAUCUCCAUCCAGAAGGGUAAAAGAAAAAUGAUUGUUAUAUAUCUGGUUCUUUUCCUUCACAUUUUUUUGUUUGUUUGUUUGCUUUAUGUAUUGAUUUGCAUGGUUGGGCAGCAUUGCUGGUUAGAAUUUUUAAUAAUUUCCAAUUGCUCUUUCUCAGAAUGCUUGGGAAGCAUUAUCUUUUGAAAGGCUGUUGACCACUGCAAGUAAGGUUCCAUUCCAUGAGACACAAUUCUGAGGUACUGUCACCUCCUGGCUGUAGGUGCUAUGGGCUCCUAAUCUCUUUUGUAAUAAACACUGUUUGUUGUCACAUCA